UGUAGGCAGAAAACUCUUUGCAGAAUUUCUGAUAGAAAAUGAAGUUUGCUGAGUUGGUAACUGACUUGGCCAUAACCAAAAAUUGGAGCAGAGAUUUGGAAUCAUCUACUGUAGACUUUUUUGGCUUAGGAUUUACCAGUGACGACUUCUGCUUUAUGGAAAAGUUACCAUUUGCCUCUAUCUUUAUCUCUGUCAUCUACUUCAUGAUUUUCUUCAUUGGCUUCUUUGGGAACCUGUUUGUAAUCCUGGUGAUGGUGCAGAAACGAGGCAACCAGAGGCUUGUGGACAAGUUCGUCCUUAACCUGGCCAUUGCAGACCUUGUCUUUGUAUGUACUUUGCUUUUCUGGGCUUUGACAGAAGCAUCUGAUUCCUGGUGGUUUGGUGAAGAGCUUUGCAAAUUUAGCAGCUAUGCCAUUUCUGUGAACCGUUGCUCAAGCAUCUUGUUCCUGAUGGGCAUGAGUGUGGAACGCUUCCUUGUGAUGAAUAAGCACUGGGAUUCCAGAUCUCUCGGGACCAAGAGAAAUACCAACAUUACCUGCAGUUGCAUCUGGGUGUUUUCCUUUCUCUUAGGAAUCCCAUCUUUGCUCUACAGAAAGCUGAUCCCUGUGGGAGACAGGUAUGCAUGCCAGGAUGAAGAACCUUCUAUCAUCUAUAUCUUCACCGUACUUUGUUUGACUUUCUUGCUACCCUUGGGUGUAAUCUUAUUCUGCUACUGCUCUAUCUUCUCCAUGCUCCAGAGUCAUGUCAACGUAGGCAAGAAAACAAACCAUGCACUUAAAAUCAUCUUUGUCAUCAUUGGGGCAUUCAUCUGCUGUUGGUUGCCCUUCAAUACCUUCACAGCUGUCAUCACCUACGGUGUGGUACAGAACAUCGACUUCUCUUGUGAGGCAUUGAAAGCUCUCAGGAAGGGAGUUAUUAUCAGUGCUUGUCUGGCUUUCACCAACAGCUGCAUUAAUCCUAUCAUCUAUGCCUUUAUGGACCAGCAAUUCCGGCAGAAGGUAUUGAAGAAGUUCCUAGGUCUUUGUCACCCAAAGGAAAAUGUCCAGAGCUCAACAUUGUUCUUUUCAUCUACAGAAUCAAGCCUUCUGUUUGGCAGCAAAAAGAGGUUCAUACCAGCCACAACUGUUCCAGUUAGCAGCGGGGAUGAUUUAUAUGCCUCUAAAAGACAGAUAUAGUUGCUAUUGUUGAGACCAUACAGUAGAAUUGUUGAGCUAGGUUAGUUAUGGAAGAGAGAGGCAGGAGAUGACUUACAGGAUUGGUUUUCUUGAUAAGAAAAAAUGUUGCUUUUAAAAUUUCUGAUCGGUGUUUUUUUAAACUUUGUGGUUUCUAAUCCAGUGUCAAAUGAAUUUUUUAUGAUGCAUUACAUAUACUCUAUACAUUUAUAAAAUAAAAUUCUGUUUAUAUAAUUUUUCCCUAGAUCUGUAGGAUAAAAAUGCAGAUUUAAUACUUGCACAGAUUUAUAAGAGCUUUAUCAACUACCAAGAGAUAUUUCAUAUAUGAAUAGGAGUGACUUGUAAUAGUACUUAUAAUAUCCUUUGCUAGAAAGUAGAUGAUUUGACUGUAUGUUUAGUCAUAAGCUUACCUGCCUGUCUUAGCUUUUUAUUUAGAUAUUUUGGUAGCUUUUACAAUUUGACUAUUGAUUGAUGAUUGAAAAUGUGUUUAAAUGGCUACAAAAAGAAAUGAUAUGUGAGUAUCUUUUGAUAACAAGUAUUCUUUAACACAAUAAGUGCCUGAUCUUCGGACCUUCCGUCGUGAGCUAAAAACAUACUUAUUUAUUCAAGCGGGACUGGCAUAAUAGUUUGAUUUUAAAUUGGGGUUUUAUUAAUAUUUUAAAUAUUUUAAAUUUUAAUUUUAAUUAUCAGCCGUUUUCGUAAUUUUGCUAUAUUUUAAUUCGUUUUUAACUGUACAUAUUCUGUAUUUUAUUUUUGGCUGUACACUGCCUUGAGUCCUUCGGGAGAAGGGCGGUAUAAAAAUUUAAUAAAUAAAUAAAUAAAUAAAAAUAAGCCAUGCAAACAAAACUACCACAAUCCAUAAUAAAACUAAGUUUUGUAUAUUUAAUUAAGGAUGAAUAUAUAAUUGAAACUGUUGUCUUCCUGUCUCAAGCUGUUGAAGAUGUAUA